GUGGGGUUGGGGGCAUAGGUGGAGCUGUAGGACUGGGAGGUGGCACCACCAUCAUUCCGACAGGGUCGCUGAGCUCCUCUUCAGCAGCAACACCGAAACGCAAAAUCACCAAGGAAGAGAAAGAGCAACGGACGAAACUACGUGCCCUUUGCCAGUUCAUGCCACAACGUGAGUUUGAAGAAUUCUUCGAUAACAUGCACAAAGAGCGCAUGCUGCGGGCGAAAGUUCGGGAGCUUCAGCGUUAUCGGCGGAAUGGCAUCACGAGACUCGACGAGUCGGCCGAGUAUGAGGCGGCACGUCACAAACGAGAAAAACGGAAAGAAAAUAAAAGUAUUGCUGGUUCAAAGAGAGGUAGCAGCGGCGGAGGAGGAGCGGCCGGGCUUGGAGGAGGAGUUGGAGCAGGAGGUGGGCUUGGCGGAGGAGUCAGUGCCAUCAAAGAGGAGGGGAAAGACAGUGAGUUCUCAGCCAUCGAGAACCUGUCUGGCUUUGAGCUGCUGUCCGAUCGGGAGAAGGUACUGUGUAACUCUAUGAACCUAAGUCCCACACGCUAUCUGACUGUCAAGACUAUAAUCAUCAAAGAUCACUUACAGAAAAGGCAAGGCAUUCCCUCGAAAAGCCGCCUGCCCAGCUACCUGGACAAGGUGCUGAAAAAAAGGAUUCUGAAUUUCCUGUCGGAGAGCGGCUGGAUAUCCCGAGAAGCCUCUUAACGGCACUGUCCAAAGAUUUGGCUGUAAGAAUAAUAGCUGUAAAUAUAUUUUUCUACUGUUUUAUAUUGCAUCUCAGAAAAGCCUGUGAGAACUAAAUGACUGUAGAUGCCACACUACUGGUUGUGGACCUUCAGUGAGUCUAACAUGUCUGUCUUUGAUCUCAGAUCUCCUCAUCGAAACAUAAACAUGGUUAUAGUACAUAAUAAGUAUCCAUAGGGAACUUUCCAGCAAGUUGUUUUGUGUAAUACAUCAGAAUAACCACACAAAAACCCAUUGCCCCACGUUAAAAUGCCUCCGUUUUGAAUGUGAAUUGGAGUGGUGUUGAAUGUUCCCUGCCAAUAGAGUAUAAACAGAAUGUUUAUUGUUGUACAAAGCAGAUUUUUCAAAUUGGUUCUGAGUUUCUUUUUCUUUUUUUAUAAUAAUAAGGAAAUUAGGUCAGAUCCUUGUUCUGCUUGCCAAAAGUCUAAACUUCCUGUGUUCUAACCUGAAUUUGCCUGUUUCAGUUGGAUGUAUUUUGUUGUGUCAAUUGUGGGAAUGUGAGUCACAUGAAGCAUGCUCCAUACUAUCUAAAUGUCUAAAAGUUCAUGUUUGAUUAUUAUUAUUUUUUUGUAGUUGAUCUUUGCGAGGUUAUGUUACUAUUGAGCAUGUUUCAGAGGCUCAAGUUAAAUGGCACACAUCCAGGCCCUGAUCACCAAUGGAGAACAUUUACCACGAUGCUCCUGUUUCAAGAGAGUAUUAUUCUGUUUGUUGGGUAAAGUGAGGGUUAAAGCUAAAUACAGCAUGAAGGGUUCUCAUCUCAACAUGUACACGAUUUAUAAGCUGAGACUGUAUGUUACAACUACGUACUACAUUUUUUUUAAUUUUCAAAUGCCUUGACAAAAUCUUCAUGCAAUGCCAAAUCUUAGAUAAACAUAUUUUCCCAUGAUUUUUAAUGUUAUUGUUGACUGCUUGUGUCUACCCCAAAGCUGUAGAAAACUAAGAAAAGCACUGUUCACAGAGGCCAAUG